CAAACUCCAGUCCGAAAAUAUUCGCAAAUCGCCUGCGCGCUAAUACCCUCUCGGCGGCUAUUCGUUCCAACACCACCACCAACUACUACACAAAUACUAACAUUGCCACCGCCAGCGAUGUCGUCUUAGAUGAUGAUGCCGAUGAAGCUGAUCUCAAAGAUGCCUCUUGGUUUCAGGCUGGAAUUUCUCGGGACAUUGCUGUCGAAGUGCUUAACAAUAAGAGUCCUGGUGCCUUUUUAGUACGCAAAAGCACUUCUAAGCCGGGUUGUUAUGCCUUAACGCUGCGUGUGCCAUCGCCACCCGGACCUAAAACUGCCAACUAUAUAAUAUUGCGGACGACACGAGGAUUUAAAAUCAAGGGCUUCCGUAAGGAGUUCUCCACGCUUCAGGCCUUAAUCACACAUCACUCGGUUAUGCCCGAAUUACUACCUGUGCCGCUUGCUUUACCCCGACCAACAAAUAUGACUUCUUCCAGACGAAAUAUUGACGACUUCGAUACAUACGAUUCACUACAAAUGUUGCUUAAAUAUUUACGCGCAAAAAAUUUAGAAAAUGAAUAGAAUUAAGCAGAGUGAUAUGGUGGCAUACUAAGUAAAUAUGUUUACUGAAUAUAAUUUAACUCAAUGUUGUUAAUGGAAAAAGCACAAAAAUAGCAGAGUAAAUUUAUAAAAAAAGAAAGUGCAGUGAGAAUGGUACGGAAAAGCCAUAAGCUGGAUAAUUGCCAACGCUUCAGCAGCAUUCAUAUAGGUACAUAUAACUGCGAUCUAAAAGAUACAUAUAUAAAUAUAAGAAAAACAUACAAUUUGGUGCAAUAGAACACGAAGAAACAUUGCUUAGCAACAUUGUUGAGAAACAUUUUUCACUCAAACUCAGAGGGUCUUGCUAGGUAUUGGCUUUCUCAAAGAAAUGCUGGAAUUUUCUGAUUUUUUUCCACAAACUAUUCAAAUAUUUCAUUAUUCACUUAAAACUGCAACAAAAAAUCUUUCCAGCUAGUUUGAAUACCACAAAUUUCUAAAAAAAAAAUUGUAGCCGCCAAAAAAACGUUCAGUAAAAUAAGUUGUACGAAAAUGUUUAUUUUUCUAUGAAUAAGUUGAAAAUGUUAGGUACAGUUUCUUGCAUAACGCUUUAUAAAGCCAUGUUUAAUAAAAACUACUGUCUCAAGCACAUUUAUUUAUUUAAUUUAUAUAACUGAGAGGGAAGUACAUAUAUAAGAAAAAAAUUAAAAAUUAUAGAAACAUGUGAUAUGAUUAAGUGACACUAUAUAUAAGCGGCUGAUGUGAGCGCACAGUGCGCCAGUUGCCUAAACUACAUAGUUUACUUAGUACUAUAUACAUAUAUGUAUGUAUUUAAUGUUAAAGUUGUUUUGUGUAUAACUGUUAAGAAAGCUGUGUACAAAUAUUAAUUCUUAAUUCAUUUACCGACGAGGCCAUGGCAGAUGAUGCAAAAAUUUGGGCACAUUUUGAGUACAAUGUAAAUAAUAAUAUUUAUUUUAUGCAAAAUGAAAUACGU